AUGCCACGCCCAUUGAAAAUGUCUUACGGUGAUCAGAAGCCUCCAUACUCGUACAUAUCAUUAACGGCCAUGGCCAUUAUACACUCGCCGCAACGACUGCUGCCGCUCAGUGAGAUAUAUCGAUUUAUUAUGGAGCAGUUUCCGUAUUACCGGAAAAAUACGCAAAAAUGGCAAAACUCAUUGCGCCACAAUUUGAGUUUCAAUGAUUGCUUCAUCAAAGUGCCCCGUAAUGUGACAAAGGCGGGCAAAGGAUCCUACUGGACGCUCCAUCCCAUGGCCUUUGAUAUGUUCGAGAACGGUAGCCUGCUAAGGAGACGCAAGCGAUUCCGCGUCAAGCAGCUAGAGAAGGAUCUUUCAAAUUGGAAACUAGCCGCCGCCGCCACUGCCGCUGCCAACAACGAAUUGGUGUCCCACUACAUGGAUGAUCAGCUAACACAAUUGGGUUUUGUUGAACCACCAAGGAUUGCUCCGCUUCCUCCCAGCAACUACGAUCUCGGGAAUGCAUCUGUUUCUGCCUUGUCAACUUACAAGGCACCACCACCACCACCGCCGCCGCCGUCGUCUAUAGUUCCAUCGUUAAGCCAAUCGCCGCCGGUUCGUCCUAAGCGUGCUUUCACCAUCGAGAGUCUGAUAGCUCCGGAUCCCAAGGGAUUAGCGCAUUUGGACUAUGGAAGUCCCGUGGCCGACGGCUUGAAGAAGCAGCCACUGUUCAAUUUGCCAUUUAAUUUCAACGAACUGGCCGCCCAGUACCACAUGUACUUUCCCAACUUCCUGUACAACAGCCAAUAUGGCAAUUUGCCGUGCUAUCACAAAACACCGCCGCUUUUUCACAACGGUCCCUUGCCGGUAUUUUGAAAGUAUUUGAAAAGUGUUUUAAGUUCGAAAACUCAACUGACUAGCUGUCCCAUUAUUAUAGUUUUAUG